UUUCAGUUUAAUUGAAGCAGUCGAACUGUACGGAAUCAAGUGCCAUAAUCUUCUUAAACAUCCAAAUUGAACAAUGUGGUUAAGCACGAUUUGUCUGACUCUUACCAUUUGCAUAAUGCKAUCGGACUCGGCAGCUGUACCCAAUUCGACUGCUGAAGAAGUGCUAAAAGAUCCAUCAAAUGUAUCGCAUGAUUGUACCAAUGUCUUGAAGUUGGAGCACAUCAAUCACGUUUUAAGUCGAAUUGAUACCAGCGUACAGAGUCUAGAAGAAAAAGCACACAAUUGGGCAAUCUUUCGACACCAUAUCGAUGCGUGGAAUGAGCAAAUCAAAGCGUUAGAACACAAWUUAGAUUUGGUUAGGCGUACACAGGACGAACAGCAAGCAUAUGGAAAUAGAUUCCUCAGUCUGGAAUUCACACUCAAUCACAUAUUAAGCAAAGUCGUAUAUCUGAGUGAUUCUUGCAAUGCGCAGCAAGGCGUCGCCAUACGAUCACCAACACCCUAUAAUACCCGUGCGAACAGCAAUGACAAUGACAAUGGCCGUGACACUACGCAACAACAACAGCAAAAUCGAGAUACCAACGAGCUGCUAUAUGAGCAUAUCGCCUUGCUGGGGGACGURAAGCAUGCCAUCGACGUUGACAAGCAGCUGCGUGGAGAGCUGUCGACACGUCUCAACAAUAUAUUGCGACAUGUGCAGAACAUUGAACGCGAUAAUUGUCGAAGCGAAAGACGGCACACAACAGCGAAUGCCAACAAUAAAGUCGCUAAGCUAAUGGCGCCUAUUGGCGGUUGCAAUUCAAAUCAAAAUGUUGAAAGAACGCUAAUAUCUGUGGAUCAACAGUUAACGAGACUACUCACACGACCAACAACACCACCGAAAGAAUUAAAACAAAUACACACAUUAGCCAAAAAAGAUGCACAGCAAUUGGAAAAAUUGACAAAUUGGAUGAAUAAAAUUGAUAAGCAAUUAAUGCAGUGGCGUGAWGAAAGUUCCAUGGGUUGGCAGCAAUGUCAGACCAUGUCCGGUGAGCUAACCACGUUCACUGAAAGUUCGGAUUUGCUAUUGAAACGCAUCGAAUUUUUGCUACACGAAGUCGAUGAAAAGCUAGCGAAAGAACCGUUGCACAAAACGGGAUAUAAAGACGAUGAAGUUGAUGCAGCUGAGCAUGAUGAAGAUACUGAUGCAGUUGACACGGAACAAGUUGAUAAGGAUCCAUCUAACGGUAGUAAUGAUAUUGAGCGUGAAACAUCAGCAGAAGAAAACGCUGAAGAUGAGUCGGCGGUAAAUACUGACGAAAACUUAGAUGAACCUACAGAUGCAGAUGUAGGAGAGCAGACAGAGCGGAUAGACGUUCGCUACGAUAUUGUUGAUUUUUCGCAACCCAAUAAGAUCGGUUGUCAUGAGUUGUUUGGUCCAUCAGUCGAUGGGGUUUACAAAUUUUCGACACCUGAAUUAAAUGAAGCAUCACGUGAUUUCAAUGAACGUUACUGCGCAUUUGCAACUGACGGCGCUGCUUGGACCGUCAUACAAAAUCGUGGUCCCUAUAUCGAGCAUGAGAAUUUCAAUCGAUCUUGGGUUGAGUAUCGAAAUGGAUUUGGGAUGCUCGACAAAGAAUUUUGGUAUGGUAAUGAAUUCAUACAUCAACUGGUUGAUCGGGAUGACUAUGAACUGCGCAUUGAAUUAACGGAUUUUAACGAUGAACAUUUGUGGGCCGAGUACUCAUUGUUUCGUUUGGACAGUGAGCGCUACAACUACAAUUUGCUAAUUGGUGGCCAUAGCGGUACAGCACCCGAUGCAAUGCAUUAUCACAACGAAAUGGACUUCAGUACAUAUGAUCGACGCAACGAUAAGAGCGUAGAUGCUUGUUGCUCAUGCGCUACCGGUUACGGAAGUGGCUGGUGGUUUGACAACUGUUCGGAAGCGAACUUAAACGGUAUUUACCGUCCAACACCCAAUGGACACAAUUUCGUCGGCAUCAUUUGGGAGCAAUGGCAUGGUGACUACUCACUAUAUAAAACGCGCAUGUUAAUUAGACCAAAGAAUCCAUCGAAACAAGUAGAAACAAACGGGGAGCGUAAUGCACAUAAUGAAGAUCCAUAAAAAAAUCUUGUGAAAAACGUUU